CUCCAGGAAAGUAGUUCCGGCCGGGCAGACAAAAGUUUGGGAGAGGAGUUGGAUCUGCGCUGAGUAUGAGAGCGAGGGGGGCGGGGGCUGCGGUGAGCCGGACGGCCGGACGAGUCGACGCGUGAACACUUAGCUAGACCUGCGGACUGGACGGCCGCGGCCGUAGGGCCUCCUAGACCCGCUUAACCCCUGAUGCUCGGGUUAACGCAGCCCCUCUCGCUGGGGGAUGCUGCGGGAUUCCUGGCGCCGGGCAUCCGGGUCGCCCGCUAAACCCCUGUGCCUACCCUCUGCCCCUGGGGAACCGGAGUCCGGCCACAGGGAAAGAGAGGCGACUGGAGAGACGCUGCAGGGUGCAGGGCAGGGAGGGGGCUGGAGGCCCCAGGACCGAGGGCAUGGAGCGGUUAGGGGAGAAAGCCAGUCGCCUGCUGGAAAAGUUAAGACUCUCGGACUCCGGCAGCGCCAAGUUCGGCCGCAAAAAAGGAGAAUCUAGCCGGUCUGGGUCUGAUGGGACCCCCGGGCCAGGCAAGGGGCGCUUGAGUGGGUUGGGGGAAGCUAGGAAAUCAGGGCCCCGCGGAGCUACUGGGGGACCUAGGGAUGAGCCGUUGGAACCAGCCCGGGAGCAAGGCUCCCUGGACACUGAGCGGAACCCGCGAGGCUCCUUUGAGGCACAACGCUACGAAGGCACUUUCCCCGGCGGGCCUCCUCCCACCCGAGCCUUGCCUCUACCUCAGUCAUUGCCCCCCGACUUUCGGCUGGAGACCACGGCCCCAGCCCUCAGUCCCCGCUCCAGUUUCGCCAGUAGUUCAGCCAGCGACGCGAGCAAGCCGUCCAGCCCCCGGGGCAGCCUGCUGUUGGACGGGGCGGGGGCUGGCGGAACCGGAGGUAGCCGACCCUGCAGCAAUCGUACCAGCGGCAUCAGCAUGGGCUAUGACCAACGCCACGAGAGUCCCCUGCCCAACGGGCCGUGCCUGUUCGGCCCACCCUUGGCUGGGGCUCCGGCGGGCUAUUCCCCUGGAGGGGUGCCGUCCGCCUACCCGGAGCUUCACGCUGCUCUGGACCGACUGUGCGCUCACCGGCCGCCAGGGUUCGGCUGCCAGGAGAGCCGCCACUCGUACCCCCCGGCCCUGGGCAGCCCCGGAGCUCUGGCCGGGGCUGGAGUGGGAGCAAUAGGGCCUUUGGAGAGACGAGGGGCGCAACCCGGACGACACUCGGUGACCGGCUACGGGGACUGCGCCGCGGGCGCCCGAUAUCAGGAUGAGCUAACAGCGUUGCUGCGUCUGACGGUGGGCACCGGUGGGCGAGAAGCUGGUGCCCACGGGGAACCCUCGGGGAUUGAGCCGUCGGGUCUCGAGGAGCCGCCGGGUCCUUUCGUUCCAGAGGCCGCCCGGGCCCGGAUGCGGGAACCGGAGGCCAGAGAGGACUACUUCGGCACCUGUAUCAAGUGCAACAAAGGCAUCUAUGGGCAGAGCAACGCCUGCCAGGCUCUGGACAGCCUCUACCACACACAGUGCUUUGUCUGCUGCUCCUGUGGGCGAACUUUGCGCUGUAAGGCUUUCUACAGCGUCAACGGCUCUGUGUACUGUGAGGAAGAUUAUCUGUUUUCAGGGUUUCAGGAGGCAGCUGAGAAAUGCUGUGUCUGUGGUCACUUGAUUUUGGAGAAGAUCCUACAGGCAAUGGGGAAGUCCUAUCACCCAGGCUGCUUCCGAUGCAUCGUUUGUAACAAGUGCCUGGAUGGCAUCCCCUUCACAGUGGACUUCUCCAACCAGGUGUACUGUGUCACCGACUACCACAAAAAUUAUGCGCCUAAGUGUACGGCCUGUGGCCAACCCAUCCUCCCCUCAGAGGGCUGUGAGGACAUUGUGAGGGUGAUCUCCAUGGACCGAGAUUAUCACUUUGAGUGCUACCACUGUGAGGACUGCCGGAUGCAGCUGAGUGAUGAGGACGGCUGCUGCUGCUUCCCUUUGGAUGGGCACUUGCUCUGCCACAGCUGCCACAUGCAGCGGCUCAGUGCCCGGCAGCCCCCCGCCAACUAUAUCUGAGCUGUGGCGCCAUUGCUGCCGUCAUGACAGGGUCCUCUGGCAGGUGCCCCUACGAGGUCAGCCGAGGCACAGGAUGCACUCUGCAGGCCUGGCAAGAGUCCACUGGGAGGGCCUCAAGGGACUGAGACCCAAAGAUCGUGACAUUCCAAAUGGACUAUGGAGGAGGAACCUUCUAAUGGCCAUUGUGUGGGUGACUGGCCUUCCUUCCAUGUGAGCCUGUGCUGUAGCAUAUACUUAGGCACACACAGGUGGGUUCCAGUACUUUCUAAAGGUCUGAUUCUGGUCUGUGUCUCCAGUACACAUUUGUGUGUAAGUCAGGAAAUGCUCUGAUUCUGGGUUAUCAGAAGAAAGGCCAUCAUGGAAGCUCCUCACUCCUUUGCACCCUGCAUAUGGAAUCAGCUGGGUUCUCACCACAGCAUCUUACCACUGUGUUUGGAUGAAGAGGUGGGAAUUCUGGACCUGAUUAAUGAGUUAUUUCUGGCUGCCUUCUCCCUAAGGACUAGGAGAGCUGCUCAAUCCCCUACUGGGCACAGGAACCGGCUCUGGGUGGGCCUGCUGCCUGUAUUGCCUGUUUCUCAGGGACUCAACAUGGGCCUGGGGAGGCUGGGUGGGUUCCUGUAUGGGGUUUCUCUUCUUGGCUGGGGAAGAUAAUGAGUGGGUCUUUGAGUGCAGAGUUGCUAGGUGAGAUGUCUAGGAAUCUUCAGACUAGCCACGCUCCCUGCAUACUCCUAUGUUUAAGUGCACUGAGCCCUUCAGCCCUGUAUGUGCAUACACGGACCCAUUCACACACACACACACACUCACUCACUCACUCACUCACUCACUCACUCACUCUCCCUUCUCCAUCUUCUCCAGUCACUCUUAACUAGGUUCCCUAGCAGUAGCCCACCACUCCAGGCCUGCCACCUAUCAGCGAGAUCCAGGAUUAUAUUCACUGCAACUCCCAAACUGUGGUUCUGAGGAGCCAGAGGAGCAAAAACAUUUUUACUUGGUUCUAGUCAGUUUGGCUGAAAUUGGUUCACCUAAAGCUAGAUCUCUUAAAACCAAUUCACUGAAAACUUGUUUGCUUAAUGUUCAUUUCACUUAAUGACUAGUUUGCUAAAAGCUCAAUUCCUUUCUGGGUGUUCUUAUAGUCACUUAGGUGUUCUAAUCUCUUUUGUCAUGCUUUGGGUAUUUCAAGGAUUUACAUCUAUUCAUCUAAGAGUGCUUCCGAGUUAUUAUCAGCAACAUAAAUUUAUCAAAUUUGCAGCACUUUGUAAAUGAUGAGAUUCUUUCUACCUUUAUGGAUGUCUUUUUCUAUGUUACCUACUUUUCAAACACUUUUUUAAAAAGUUCAAAGUUUCUAGCAAUAAAUAUAAUUGGUACAGAUGUUUUGUGUAUUAUUUUCUGUGUUUCUUAAUCCAGUGUUCCUUCAUAAAUUAGAUGCCUUGAAAAAUGUAGUAGAGCUCAAUAUGAUUUUGAUGCUCUGGUCUAACUUUAUAUUCCUGCUACUAAAAUGCCAGCAUAUUCUAAACAAAUGAACAGGCAUGUGGCAUAUUCAGUUGACUAACAACUAAUGGUUACAUAGACAACAGCAAUAAAAAGUGAAAGGGUAAAUCUGCUAAAUCCCUUUGAAAUGCUGCAGAUUUGAUAAAUAGCUAUUUUAAACUAAUUGUCUCAAGGUGAAUUGGUUUUAGGCAAAUUAAUCUGGUUAUCUAUGAUCCUUCAUUCUCUGUCACUUAGAGUUUCAUACUGGAAAUGAUGAAACAGACAUUCCAUAUUUAGGGGUUAGUCUAAGAUGACUGUGCCAGCCAACCCGGGAACUGCAUAGAAGUGGCCUCUAAGUGAGAGUAAAGAGUUCAGUUUCAUACCACUAACUGCUAGAGGGGGGAAAUGCACUUUUUUUUACAGGGUUAAAUGUGCUGAAACUAGAUUACUUGUUCUGCAGCUGGGAUUGCUCUUUCUGAACUGUUGUUAUUAAAUAAGUGAACAAAAGACUGUGACUGGGAAUUUUCUCAUCAGGCUGCUCCAGGCCUGGGAAAUCCAGACAAGCAUGUAUAGCUUUUACAUACAUCCCUUCACUUCUUUUACUCUUGGGACUCUUGUUCACUCUGUCACUCUGACUCUUUGUUGCUUAUUCUGAUGUUGGCCUCCAUCUUUUGUUGACUGGCUGAUUCCUUUCUAGGUCUAUCCUCAUCUGUCCCAGCCCUAGGGCUCCCAAAGACUCUUCCUGCCACUGGGGCUACUGUCUCCCUCCUUCCUGAUGAAAAACAAGUGCUAACAUCUGAUGAGGACAGGCCCAGGGAAGGCAGGCCAUGGCAGAAGAGCAGCCCCAGCUGCCCCACAUCAUCGCAGGCAGGCUCCCAAGUGUACCCUGCAUUGCAAGAGUUUCCCUUCUUCCUCUUGACUGGGAGAUUGUUCAUCUGUAAUAGUUCUUUUUAAUAUUUACAGUUGAUAACGAAAGAUGAAUGGGAUGAUACCAAGUACACAGCAACAGGUAGACCUUGUUUGACCAACUUGCCACCUGAUUUUCACCAACAGCCAUUAGGCCUGUGAUGGGGAAAGGGGAGAUGGAAGAAUUAUGAAUCCAUUUUGUGUCUCUUUAGGUAAGAGUUGUAGUACAGGAGUCAAGUGUUCAAAGCAGACUUCAGCUCUUUGCUCUGGCCAGCCCUGUUCAUCACAGGCCCAAGUGUGGUUUAUGAAGAGUAAAGCCAGUGGUGGUUCUCUGUCAGCCUUAACUCCUUACAGACCGGUUUCCCCCUUCACCAUCUGAAGCUCUCAAGGCAGGGAAAUGGUAAGAUUCUGUUUAUAAUCAGGCUGGAGACUGUCCUCAGUCAAAGAGGAGGUAGAGAAAGCUAUUUCAGGCAUAUAAAGCCAGUUGGAUGAAGUCCUUGAAAUUAUAUCUAUAAAGAAGGGAGUAAAAAGAGAAAGGAGACUAGCAGGACAGGUAAAAGGACUGGACAAAACUGAUGAGCUAAAGCAUUGCUACUUCAUUUUGUGUUUUAGAAGGACCCAUACCCCAGGUCUGGCCUGGGGUCAUUCCAAACCCUAAUGGUGAGGCUUCCCAAGGAUGGGUCUGACCAGUCUCAGUCCCUUCCGUCCUCUCCUCUCUGGCGGGAAUGGAAGACCGAGACAGGGCCUCUGGCUGUGCCAAUUGCUUGUGUAGGGCCCCUGGAAUAGCCACGCGUGGCCCUGAUUUUAAAGGACUAAGGUCUGACCCUGAAAAUAAAAACUAGUUACUGAGACAUGAGAUUAGACCAUUUUAACUAGUCUGAUUGUGAUAGUGGGAGAGUCAUCAGAGGCACAUUCUGUCCACUGUGGGAAUUACCAGACCUAAGCUUAGAAAUGAUAGUGCUGACCCAUGUGAAGGCUGCCAAGGUGCUGUCCAAGCAGGGAGAGAUGGGUUAGGAGGAAUAUCUACUAAAAGGUACUAGUUAGCCUUGUAUCCUAGAGAGUUAGGGCUAAGCAGGGUGUGAUGUUUGAGAUAAUCCAGUCACCUCAUUUUACUGAAUAAAUAGAAACUGCGUGAUGAUGGCAGCUUUUAAAGAUUAAUCAAGAGCUUAUUCUCCCCUCUCCCACCCCCAUCACAGGGACUCCCAUGGCACAAGUAAACUGUAAAUGAGAUAAGCAAGAAGCACUUCCUUAUGAUAGAUAAUUAGAGAAAGUUUUAGUGGAAAAGGCAGGGAACACAAGAGACAAAAUGAAAACUUUUGGUUCUUACUGGUGCUUUUUUUUGUUAAAUUUAGCAGUAGCCAAAGUACCUUUAAAAAGCACAUUAGGAAAAGUGGAGGAAAUACACAGCAGGAGAGUCCCUGCCCCUGAGACCACAGUCUAGCCAGGGAGACAUACACACAUAAAAUGCCUUGAGAAGAUUAUAAGCAACAUGUCAACAAGUGCAAAGUAAGUGACUGUUAGAAACAAAAGACCUGAUGCCUCAGGGUAUAGCUGACAGGGGUGAGAAUUUGGCUGAGAUAGUACAUCAUGAGGUGGCAGCCAGUAGGCUAAGUCCUGUCCCCAAAAGCAUGGAAUUUGGCCCACUGGGAAUUAUUUUUUAUAAUGUUAAUUUCAAUCCUAGUUGAGGGGAGAAGACCACCAGCUAAUAAAUAUAGAAAGAAUGAUAGAAUCCAAAAAGCAUCAUUCUGUGAACUUUAAUGAAAUUAUUGCUUCUGGCAAAGAUGAUUAAUUAGUGUUAAAAACCAUAUGUGAACUGGUUGGUGGAAAACUGGACAUUCAUAUAGUGCCAGGUAACACUAUCAGUUUUUGGUCUGGAGGCCAGAAAUGUCACCAAGUUGGAAGGAUCAGACAGUUAUCACCACUUUCUGGAAUGGGUCUUAGUAUCACCAAUAAGUAGACCAGUUCUAGUGUGAGGCAAAUACUUAGCCCAAACUACUAUAUAUUCUAGGGGCUUCCUAUCCCCAAAGGAAGUAUUAGAUAAAACACAGUUAACAGGAAACACUGGGAAUAAAGAAACAAAGCAAAAAACACUAAGAGGAAGCAGCCAGACAAAUCUAGGUGAGGCAUUCUGCAGGCAACUGACCAACUCUCAUUAGCAAGAAAGUAUUUUUUUAAAAGUCAAAACUGCUAGAUUGAGGAGACUUCAGGUAUAUAAUAACAAUACAAUGCAUGGCCCCGGAUUCCUUAUUGGUUUAACCAAAUUGUUUUAAAAGAUAUUUAGAGUCAAUUGGAAAAUUUUUAAUAUAAACGGGAUUAGAUGUGAAAAUUUACUGAGAUGGCAAGAUCAAAAUCAUUGACAAAAUGCCAGUUCCAAAACCACAUGUACAGGGUAAUCAUUUUUUAAAUGUCUAUGUAUUUGUGAGAAGAAGAUCUGAAAAGAUAUUCAGUAAAAGGUCUUAAGAGUGGUGA